CUACCUUGAUUAGGCUCUAAGACAUGCUUGAUAAAUAUAAUAAGACCUUUUGAAUUAAAAACUUCUUCGCGCUGCAUUUUGCGCCCUCAGCAUGCUUACAUUCCAAUCAAUUUCACCGCUCUUGCUUCAUGCCCGCCCCCAUUGCGCCCAUCGCCAUUCAAGUCCGAUUCAUGGAGAGCUCGGGAUCUGAUUUUGAAUCUGAGUCGAACGCUCCAACAUCUGAGAUUAACUUCUCGGCCGAGGAGGCUGUAGAAGACGACCCGUUCAUCCCCUCGGAUUCCGAAAUACGUCGUAUAUUUAACAGUGGUCGGAUAACAUGGAGUAAGCUCGCCGCCACGGCUGAUCAGUUCGGUGACGACCUUUGGCCCCUAGAUCUUAUGCGACUAUACGUUAGCCUCGACAAUGUGCCUAGUCUUCCAGCUCGACUUCCGCGUAAGUAAUUCUUAUACGGCAGACCUCUUUGGCGUGUACCUCGACUUGAAGCCUACCGCAGCGAUUGCCAAAGUAUCGACCACGGGCUAGAUUACCUUUACGAAAACGGAUACGAGAGGAGUCCGAACGAUGGUACACAAAUCAUCAGUGGAGGCUAUAUAACUAUAGAUAUCAUGGCCAAAGACCCAC